AUGACAAUCUGUGUGGAUUCAAUUCACCAUGAGGUAAAACCACUGUUUGGAUGUUUAGUAGAGACACGAGUGCAGCAGGACAACUAUAGUGGGAUAGUGAGUUCAGCGUUACCAGGUUGGUCUAUCUUCAAUAACUAUGACUACCAUCGGCUAGGGCAUAUUUGGUUUUGUUGGUCAGGUGCAGUCGUGGUAACUUUUUUACAUAAGAGUACACAAAUUAUUACAUCUGCUAUUCAGGUGGUGGGAACUGGGGAAGAUUUUAUCUGUUAUGUGGUAUACAAGUCCAAUUUUGAGGCAGAAAGGAGAGAUCUAUGGAGGAUAUACGAGCAACUAAAGCCCAUCAAUGAGUAUUAUCGAGGGUAUGAUCAGCACACAAAUCAAGUCGGCAUGAGAUAUUUUCAGAAUCUUGUAAUGGGUUGCAAUUUGGUGGACCUAACACACAUAUACACCAUAUUCACUUGGUGGAAUAAGCGUCAGUGUGAUCCGAUAGAGAAGACACUUGACCAGUUUUUGAUUAAUGGGACCUGGGUUAUAACUGAUCAUGUGAGGUGUGUCAUUUAUCUAUCCCAACUUGUCUCUAAGCGGAGAGAGCAGCCUCCACUCCAUCACUCUCGAGCUGCUCUCUAUAAGAGUUGCGGAAACCGAACAAAACACAUUCCAGUAAUUUGCCAAACUGUACUCAUAGUGCUUAUGAGGAGCUAUGUUUGCGUUAGACAGAGGUGUUACAGAAUCCAUCAGAGGAUACUAUGA